AUGUGCCGCGUUCACCGAGCUGCAGGAGGUGUUGCCGGCGGCAUGGCUGCAGCUGCUGAUGCUCCGCUUCUUCUCCGCAGCGCGCGUGGGCGACCGGCCGUGGCGGAACCUCAUCACACUCACCGUCCUCGUAGUCGCGACGCAGGUAGGAGCAGCAGCACAGCGCGUCGCAUGCAGAAAACCACGUCGCAACUGAUCAAUCACACAGCAACACCUCUCUCGUGUGACGCCUCACAAGCCACAGUGACGAUAUACUUCCGCUGUGCUCUCGCUCACUAUCAUCAUCCCUCACAGGCGUGCGGCACGACAGUGGCGUACGCGAGCAUGUACGCCAUGGACCUGACGGCCAACAUCCUCGCCUCCAGCCAGAUCGCGGUUGCCAACGUGCUACCAUGCCUCGCUGACUCUCUCUUCCGCUUCACCUACAGGCACUCAUCACACCUGCAUCCGCUCGUCUUCCCCCUCGUCUCCGCCUCCAUCUGGACCCUCCUCUCGCUGCUCUCCCCCUUUGGUGCCACAGCCCACCCGUUCUACUCGUUGUGCUCCCUGCUACCACUCGUGCAAGCCACGGCAUAUGUCGGCAUGGAUGGUGUCCUGCUGCUGGUGGCCUGGCUGGUGGGGGGUAUUCACCAGAUGAUGUUUGAGGGGGAUGCGGUGGGGAGGGGCGAGGAGGGGUGGAGGCGGGGGGAGUGGGGUGAGAGUCGGGCUGGGAGUGGGGGGGUGGUUGGGGAGGAGGGGGGCGGGAGAGGGGAAGGGCAUGUGAGGUGUCCCGGGGAGGGAGAGAGGGAGGGGGGUGACAGUCAAGUAUUCUUCCAGCAGCCGCUAGAAGCAACCAUUGUUCCCUCGGUGCCUGUCUCCUGCAUCCUCUCGCAAGCCCCCACCAACAACAUCCCCCCCCGACCUCCGCCCUCGCUCUGCCAGCAUACAGCUGCUAACGCCUCCACGCAUUUUCCCACUCUUUCAAUGCGGCUGGGGGCAGAUGGGGGAGAAGGGGGGAACGGGGGGGGGCAGGGAGAGUGUCAACAUGGACUCAUUGCCCCUAAUCUCGUCACCAACACGUUCGCCCUCAUCGACCCCAGCGGCGCCCCCAUCCUGCGCUACAACAAGACGCACCUCUUUCCCUCUGGAGGCCAACGUGCAACCCGGUCCCGGGUCUCUGCCCGUGGUGGACACGCCUCUGGGGAGGCUGUCUACACUUUCAAGAGGUUUAAAGGAGAGCCAACGGCCAAUGGAGGCACUCCUGUGCUAACCCAUUCUCACUUUUCUCCCAUCCCUACGGUAACCAUCAUCACCCACCGCCACCCCCAGAGUGGACAUUCUGCUGCAGCCCAGCUGGACGUGGGGCGCCGUAGCUGUGCCACGAGCCACCCUGCUGAUCCGUCUUCCCCAUUUCCCCUCCACCCACAGAGUGGACAUUCUGCUGCAGCCCAGCUGGACGUGGGGCGCCAUUGGCCACGUGACACUCCAGACGGAUGCAGUGAGGGCAGCAGAGAACGGGCUCACACUGCUGCGCUGCUCCUCCAUUGGGGUCUCGGUGUGUUGGGUGCUGUCUCCCCGCACUACCGCACCCUUGCUGCAUUGUGUGUGCUCCUGCUGCAGUGGCUGUGUUUCCUGCUUCUGGAAGAUUAUGCCUCCAAAUGUCUCCCCACCCGUUUACCCAUUUGCCCAUCCGUUCAUUCAUUUCCGCACACAUUCAACCAUUUGUCCCUUCAUCCCCCAUCCCCCGUGGUUCUUGUGUUCGCCCCACUCACCCACCGCAGGGAAGCACUAGAGAGUGGGAUGCUCACAAUGCACCUGCCCCUCCAGCACCGUGCCCCAGCGCUCUACCCAUUCAUUGGCCUACCCAUCUCCCUCCUCCUCCUCUCCUUCACACUCUUCGCAGCAUUUCUUGCCAUUGCCCCGCCCUACCUCUCCCUCCCUUUCUGUCGUUACCUCCCCACCCCCCUCUGCUCGCUGCUGCCUUACCCUCUCUGCUUGGCUGGACAGCAGGAGGGGAGGGAGAGGGAGAAGAAGGAGUGA